AUGAAUGUUAAGGACCAAUAUUUAGAUACUGCAAGUACCAGAAGUUUCCGAUCAGGGGUUAGACCUUCAAAGAGUCAAUCUGGCUUUAAUAUCAAAACAAGGGGACAGCCGUCCCUAUCUAUUAAUCUAGAUAAUACCAUAGUUCAGACUAUUAUACCACCUGUAAACAAUACAUUGAAUGGUGAUAAUGAAGACAACGUGUCGUUAAAUAAUUUCCCAAGACUACGAUCGAUGCAAUCAAUUUCUUCAAUAGUAAGUCGAAGGCCCACCAGGCCUAAUACAGUUGCAGAUCAACUCAGUGUCAACACUUCCUUUGAUCCAUUAAUAGAACAGAGUUUCUCAUACAGUAACAAUAUCGAGGAUCCAUCUACUCGUCAAGCACAGGAUACUGCAUUUAAUGAAGAAGCGAGAAAGGAUUUGAUCGAUAGAUUAGCACAAAGCAUUUAUUCAUACCCAGCAUCAUUGACAGGUAAUUCUUAUGGGUUUAAACCUGUCGUCAGUAAUGAAAUUCCAGACGUUUUUAUCAAUGAUAAUCAAACCAGUCCAGACUUCAAAUCUCACUCUAAGAAUUUUUUCAUUUUAACAUCUGCUGGAAAACCCAUAUUUUCAAUGUUUGGAGAGGAUAAACAAAUUGUUCCAUAUAUGGGUAUUAUCAAUACUGUGGUAAGUUAUUUUCAAAUAAAUGAAACUACAAACAUAAGGACAAUAAAAUUGAAUAAAACAAGACAAACAUUUGCAUUUACAAAUAAAGCACCUAUCAUAUUGAUGGCAUAUUCGAGGAGAGGUGAAACCACAAACGAAUUAAUGACACAGUUGGAUCUCCUAUAUUCCUAUUUAAUAUCUUCAAUCAAUGAACGGCAAUUAAAACGUUUAUUCCAUAAUCGUUCGAAUUUCGAUCUACGGAACUAUCUGGAAGUGACAGAUUUUGAUAAUUUAAGACAAAUAUGUUCUUUAUUAUCCAAUAAAUUAUAUCCUGAUUUCGGAUUAAAUGCAUUACAAUGCUUUGUUAUGAGGAAGACCGAAAGAGCACGAAUUCAUGAUACUAUUCAUAAUUUAUUAAUUAAUGAAAGUAAAGAUAUACCGAGAGGCACUUUGCUGUAUGGGUUGAUUCUUUCCCAUAAAAGAAAGAUGUUCAAACUAUGCGCAGUAAUUCGACCUAAGGGCCAUUCAUUGCAUACCAUUGAUCUUCAAUUGUUAUUCAGUUUGAUUACACAUCAAUUUGAGAAUAGGGAUGGGGAUCAAGAAUUAUGGUUACCUAUCUGUUUCCCUAAGUUCAAUUCAAAUGGGUUUCUUUACAGUUAUAUUAAAUAUUUAUCAAGAUCACAUGCUAACAAUUCUUCACAAAUGGAAGAUACUGUAUUGGUUUUAAUUAGUGCGCAAAAGGAUGCAUUUUAUAAAUUGAAGACAUUUGGUGAUAAGUUAUGGAAUAAAUUACAACAUGAUAAACUGGAUGAAUAUUUCGUGAAGGAUCGAUUUAAGUUUAGAAUUAGCGACAUUCAAGCACCUUUAGUACAUCAUUUCAUGUAUAAGAUUAAAAAAUACGUUCAAUAUGUGAUGCCUGAGAUUGAAAUUCAUAAUGAUGACGCCACUAAAUUAACUCAAUAUGAAUGUAAACUUAAAAAAUAUUAUGGACAUUUAUACAAUUCUGUCGUUGAUGACACUGGGUUGCCUAUCAAUAAGACAAUAUUAAAUUACUUCCAUUGGGAAGAGGAAGAAGAAGGAGAAGAAGGAGAAGAAAGAGAAGAAGGAGAAGAUGCGAUUACUGAAACGCAGAGAGAUUUCAAAAGGGAGAAAAUCAACAUGAUGGGAUUGAUUUGGAUAACACCGCAAUUUGAGUUAUAUUUAAUUUGUAAUAAUGGUGUAAAUAACAAAGAAGUUGUACUAAGAAGUGCCAAGAGAAUUAUUGGGUGGUGUAAGAAAUAUGAAUCUCGAUUAUUUAUACAAGAAGGUGCCACAUUUUAA